CUGUAAACAAACGAGCACACUAUGGAGAUCAGUAUCAAUGUUUUUCUGUGUGUAAAUUUACUAUUGAUGGUGUUUUCUUGCAGUAUUUUCCUUCAGGGUUUUAUGCCAUCUAAAUCAGUAUUACCUGGACACGCCACCAACACCCCAGCAAUCGAAAACGCAACAUUUCUGAGUCACAAACGACUAAUCAUUUUGGUGAUAGAUGCUUUGCGCAAAGAUUUUCUUUAUGGUGACAAGGAUUAUAUGCAAUAUACCAGGAAACUGAUCCACAAAAGAGAGACUGUUCCACUUGUUGUUAAACUUCAGCUUCCCACAGUUACCUUACCUAGAAUAAAGGCUUUGACAACAGGUGGAAUUCCAAGUUUUGCUGAUGUCGUGAAGAACUUUGAUUCUCAGAAGCUCACAGAAGACAAUCUCCUAGAUCAGUUUCAAAGGGCAGGCAAAAAACUUGUGUUCUUUGGAGAUGAGACAUGGCUAAAGCUUUUCCCAGAUUAUUUCAUCAGAGCUGAUCCCACCACGUCCUUCUUUGUUUCAGACUAUACUGAGGUGGAUCAGAAUGUCAGUCGACACCUGGACACAGAGUUGGGACAGUCAGACUGGGAUGUCAUGAUCCUACACUACCUGGGACUGGACCAUAUUGGACACCUGGCUGGACCGAAAAGCCCACUGGUCAAACCUAAACUGAGGGAGAUGGACCAGGUGGUGGAAAACAUCCAUAGGUCAUUAAUGCAGCAAAUGACAGAAGGACAGGGUGACAGCCUGCUGUUGCUGUGCGGGGACCAUGGAAUGGCAGACCAGGGAGGUCACGGAGGGGCCUCUCCCAGUGAAACCACUACCCCAGCUGUGUUCAUCAGUACCAAGUUUGCCAAUGGAAAAGGCUUACCCUAUGAUGACAACAUUGUGGUUCAGCAGAUAGACCUAGCCCCCACCCUGGCCACUCUAUACGGCCUCCCCAUACCAAUGAACAACCUGGGCAUGUUGAUCCCCCAGGUACUUCAAGAAGCCAGCACAGCUGAUAUAGUCAGACUCUACCAGCAAAACGCAGAACAGCUGUGGAGAAUCUUACAACUGAAUCUCCCAGACCCUGCCAAAGACAGAUCUUUCAUUUUGUAUGAAGAACUUCAGCAGGCGACUCAUGCCUGGCUGUCAUCUGGUAAAACACAGUCAGGUCAAAGGUCAUGGGAGACUCAGGGUCAAGGCCUAGUCAGACAGUACCAACAACUCAUCCAAACCAUGCAAGAGAAGGUGGCAUCGUCUCUGUCUAGCUAUGAUCUGUAUGCCAUGAGUGUUGGGAUGAUUUCGUUGUGGAUGAUUUUCCUUACCUUGAUUCUCCAUCUUUGGACCAACUCUAUCUCCUCUGUAGCGGUUCACCUGGGGAGUUUGACUAGUGUGUCCACCUUGUUGACUAUCCUUCUGUGGGUCACUGUCCACCUGACAGUGUGUACAAGCACCCACAGGAAUGACCUGCUGUGUGGAGACAGCCUUGUCCCAGUCAUCAUGCAGCUAGGGACAGUCUCUAUGGUGUGCUUUUUCAGCAUUACAGUGGUUCACUUCUUCCAAAUGUUUUGCCAGAAGGCUCAGAGAAAUAAGGGUUUCUUCUUUACAACUUGGUUUGAGAGACUUCUCCUGAUUGGCUCAUUUCUCCAUGGCGUCAGCUUUAUGUCUAGUAGUUUUGUGGAAGAGGAACACCAAACCUGGUACUUCUUUACAACCACACUGCAGAUCCUGACACCACUGCUCAUCAUGUCAAGGUCAUUUGACAGAGCAGAGGUCAAGAGGUCAACAUCAUUAAAUUCCGGUGACACCAAGGUGAAAGACUUUGACCUACAUCUUAAAUCUCCUGAAACCAUGGUGUUGGCAUCAGGGGAGUCUCAGUAUUUGCAACAUUUUGAGACUUCUUCCAAGAAUGGCCCCAAAGUGACACAUAACUCCAGUCAGCAAGGCUGCUGCACAAAUUCUUCUUCACCUGAGAAAUCAAAGUUCGGAAAUACAGAUAAACAUAAGAGGUCUUCCAUUGUUAAUUGGAGAGCCAUAGCUGCGAGCUUUUCCAUCACGUUACUGGGAAGACUAGCUCGGAGCUUGAACCAGACUGGCAACAAGUGGCUCAACCAACCAGAUGUGGGCGAUUGGCUGGUCAACGCAGACAAUAAAUCUCUAUUAUCAGGGACUGUAGCCUGUGCCAUUCUAGUCAUCCUCUCCAUGAGGUUAGGAGCUCAUCGUGGAUUGGUCAGACUUCUACUUCCUCUUGGAAUGCUGGGAGUUUACUGCUUCAGAGCAGCCAAUCAGAUGUUAUGGCUUCCAGAAACUUGGCCAAAAUCUACCAAUGGCACCUGGGAAGCCAGGCUGGUGUACAUGUCCACACUAGCCAUUAUCACAGAGACCACGCUGACUUCCAUGUACCGUACUAAAGACAGACAGUGCUACAGUAAGGCUGAUGUGGUCUUGGAGGACAUCCAGUCAUGCUGGGUUUUGUUGAUGACUUUGGUUCUCAAACCUCACAACACAGUGUUGGUGGCCAUCAUGGUAGUUCAGGAGAGGCUGUUGUCUAAGUGUGUUGUGGAUGACCUGAAUCUGUCAACACCUGCUCAAACAGUCUGGUACUUCUGGAUGGGACAAGCGGCUUUCUUCUAUCAGGGCAACUCUAACAGUAUUUCUACCAUAGAUGUGUCAGCUGGUUACAUUGGGCUCACAGACUACCAGCCAGUUCUCAUCACUAUCCUGCUCACAGUGUCAACAUAUGCCGGGCUGUUUCUUCUGGCUGAUCAGUUGCUCAAGCACAAUGUCCCAUAA